AUGUACCAAAAGUACUUCUCUCAGAGACUCAAGAGUGGUGAGAAGGAGAAGACAUAUUCUAGGUUCCUAGAUACAUUUAAGUCUCUGCAUAUCAAUAUACCAUUCAUUGAAGCCCUCCAACAGAUGCCCUCAUAUAUCAAAUGCAUGAAGAAAUUGCUAACCAAGAAAACUCCAUUAAAGGGUGGACAAAUAGUAGUGAUGAAUAAAGAAUGCAGUGCCCUUAUCCAGAAGGAGUUACCCUCAAAGAAGAAGGAUCUAGGGAGUUUUCACAUCCCUUGUGCUAUAGGAGACACAAUGAUUGAUAGAGGACUUUUUGAUCUAUCCCUCACGACGAAACUGGAAAUCAAUGAGUUGAAAUCCACAAACAUAAUCCUUCAACUGGCUGACAAGACUCAAAAACAAGCAUUAGGAGUGGUUGAAAAUGUACGGGUGAAGGUUGGCAGGUACUUCCUCCCUACAAAUUUUGUUGUUCUUGAGAUGGAAGAAAGUUACCUCCAUCCAAUCAUUCUAGGGAGACCAUUCUUAGGCACAGCCAGAGCACUCAUAGAUGUUGAGCAAGGGGAGUUGAUAUUGAGAAUACAUGAUGAACAACUCACAUUUCAUGUCUUCAAGCACUCACUUGAAUCCGAACAAGAGAGCAACCACCUGAAAGAUGAUGACAAGAAGCCAUUCUUGGAGGAAACAAGCAGUGAAUCACAAGCAGAGCCUCUAAAGACCUCCUUGACAGACAAAUAA